AUGAUGGACAUAGAUUGCGCGGAACAUAACGAUGUCCCUAAAAGGGACACAAAUAGUCACAACAACGAUUACGACAUAGAGGAUGAAUUUGAGAGCAUAGACGAGAGUCUACUUCAUGGCGUUCCGUAUGCCCACGAUGCGGCGCCAGAGCUUCCUGACCCGCCAAAACCUGAGUCUGCUAUUCUGAUGUCCAAAGGUGUCUGUCUUCUUCCUUCGUGCACGCGUGUGAACUUUAUGAUGCGUGGUGACAAUGGUGAGUUGCGCUGGCUCACUGCGUCGGGGUUGCAGGAAAUUUCAGGAUUUUCCAACCCCGAUGAUGAAGCUAGCAAGGAACAGCGGCGGCGAGAGCAAGAGGAAGAGGCCAUCGAGGCAGAGGGAAUGCGGGCUAACGCGCUGGGGUUGCAAAAACGUGUUGCCGGUAGUGGGCUUGGCUUUGUGAAUGUUGCUACCUUGCAUCGGCAAAUAUUCAAUGAGGAUGUGGAGGCCGCCGCUGUCAAAGAUUGCGGUGCGGUCCAACCACGACAACAGGAAGGUGAGCAGCGCAGAGGACCGUUGAGUGAAGAGGACUCGCUGUGGGUCAUUAAGUAUACCCCCAAGCGGUUCCGCGACCUUCUCAGUGACGACACCACUAAUUUGAAGCUUUUGCAGUGGAUGAAAAGUUGGGACGAGUACACGUUUCGGAACGGAGCUUCGCCAGGUGCGGAUGGUCUGUCUUCUUCCCCCUCAACACGGCCCGAUGACCGCAUAGCGGUUCUUGUUGGCCCACCGGGCGUCGGCAAGACGACGCUGGCGCAUGUGCUCGCUUUGCAUUGUGGGUAUGAGCCAAUAGAAAUCAACGCGAGUGUCGAUCGCACAGCGUCCGGCAUUGAGAGUGCCAUUCAACUUGCUGUAUCACCGGGGCGUUCAAGACGCCGUGUACAACGUCCAGCUGUUCCCACUAGCAACGGGGGAAACGGGGGAUCUGCCACCUCACUUGUGGAUAUGUUAAUGCUGCCGAAGUGUUUGAUUAUCGACGAGAUGGAUGGCAUUGCAGCCAACUUCGCCUCAUUUCUUUUGAAGCAGGAUAUUCAUUGUCCCGUCCUGUGCCUAUGUAACGAUUACUACGUCCCAUCAUUGCGACUGCUACGUCAGCAAUGUCGCUUAGUAUUUCAUGUUCCUCCCAUCCGUCCCCAACGGCUGUUGCAGCGACUGGGUGAAAUUGCGGAGCAUGAGAACAUUAAAGUGGCUGAUGCGGUCCUAGCAGAAUUGGUUCGUGCAAGUAAUGGGGACGUACGUUGUUGCCUGAACACAUUGCAGUUCGCCUAUCGGUGUGUUGUGUCAGAUACAGGGGAAACUCCGCAGCAACAGCAUAAGCGGCAACAGGACUUACUGCGGGAGAUGCAGGGAAAAGACAUGAAGUUAAAUCUGUGGGACAUGUGGCGGGUUGUACUUGAGCGUCAGGACCGCAGCAAAUACGUGCAACUCCUACGCAAGGAAUUCGCUAUGAACUACGACGCUGUUGUUAUGGCUGGGUGUGCAAAUCCCUUACCACUGAGCAGCUAUCAGCAGACCCAACAACUGCAGGUUGACAUGGAUGUGGCGGAGGAGGGGUACGUGGCCACGGGUUUUAGGGUCGACCCCGGCUACACAUAUGUUUCACGUGUGCUUCAGUGGUGUGAUGAUACAAACGGGCUUCUUGAUGGUCUUCAUGAGUUUUACUUGCGGCGUUCGUACACGGACUAUUCCUUUCAGAACACGUGUGCUGUGUCGGAUGCCUUCUCGUUUCAGGAUUGCCUCACAACCACGGGAUAUCGUCACACCCCCUUGCUGCCGUUCGCCGAACAGUACGGGAAGUCCGCAACUGCCACGUCGUGCUUUAGUUGCUGCAGCGCCAUGGGACGCGGUUCUUCCAUUACCGCAAGCGGCUUUCCUCGCGCGGCCGCGACGGCAGCUCGCCGUCGUGAUGAAUCUUUUCAUAUUACUCGUAUGGUCAGAGACAACUGUCGUUCUUUAGAGGUGGCGUCACACCUGUACUCUACCACAGCUAUCACGGAGGUUGUACCGUCAUUGCUACGGUGCUUGUGUGAUGUUUCGCUCCAUAUUCCGUCCCACACUGUCGCUUCAGGUGUAGGCCUAACUCCAAAAGAUCAGCAGCUUCUACGAGCUGCCGUGGCGCGCCACGCGUUAUAUGGGUUCACAUAUGUACGAACCACAAGAGGGCGACCUGGUAACCACAGGAGGGGGAGUGACGAACCGGAUCAUGUCGCUGAAGAGGAGGAGCAUUGGGAGUUGGAUCCCCCAAUUCAUCGCAUCUGCUGCGCCUCGCUGAGUGAAGCACAGCAGGAGCGGAUGCCAGGGCAGCGGCCGGCAGUGAGGGACACCUCGUCGUCUUCAGUUAUGGUCCUCCAUAUGAAGGAGGAGGUGAAGCAGCUGUUGGUGGGCGAGAUACAUCGUCAUAUUAUUCAAACCAGUUCGUUGCGCGCAGUAAGAAGUCACGGGGGAGCUCGCAAAGAUAACACUGGAGGUACCGAUGAAAUCGUUGUGAAAAGGGAUUCAACGCUGCCGUCGCGGAAGCGUGAGCGGGACGAUGAAAUCGAUGGGAGAGAGAUUAAGGUGAAGAAGGAAGAAGAGAAGUUCAGCGGCGUGCCCAAGCCAGCGGAUGGAAUGCACGGGACGAGGACUGGGGUGACGGUUAAGCGUGAGGAAGAUGCCGCAGAAAUGUGUGGGUGUUCUCCCCAAGCAGAGGGGCCCAAAGCUGCAGUUUCUGCCGCCUUAUCGUCAUCGAAGCCUGCCCAGACUGUUUUGAAGGAUUUUUUUGGGCGCCCUAUUGCAGCGAAACCUAAGGGGAUGCCGCUUGCGUUUUCUAAGGCGAAGGGAGAGAACGUCGUGGAUCUGAGCAAUGCAGGGGCACAUGGGCGGGCGAAGAAGUUGACGGUGCAGUACAUUUACAAGGAGGGCUGCACGAAUGGGGUGAAGAUUCCCGCAUCCUUGAAUGACUUUUGA